AUGUCACUGCUCCGAGAGGCCGAAAGAUGUAUCGCUAACCACACACGAUUUCUGGAGCUCAAUUCUGUCAUCACGCCGCUCCAGAGCUCUGCAGCAUGGGUGCAACGGGUCCGAGACGCGGAUGUCCGCAGAGAGAAUGGCUCCGCAAAGUCUCCUCUGGAUGGCAGAUUGAUCGCCAUUAAAGAUAAUAUAUGCACCAAGUCGCUACCCACCACAUGCGCCUCCGCUAUACUAGACAAGUUCACCAGCCCCUUUGAUGCUACCGUGGUCAAGGCUCUAGAACAUGCCGGUGCGAUCGCUGGACCAAAAACCAACCUGGAUGAGUUUGGCAUGGGCUCACAUUCGACGAAUUCGGCUUUUGGCCCGGUGAAGAGCAACUUUCGCGGGAAUAAUGGAGAGCCUCUGUCCGCAGGUGGUAGUUCGGGAGGGAGUGCAGUUGCGGUUGCGACAGAACAAUGCUAUGCUGCCUUGGGAACCGACACUGGCGGGUCUGUUAGGCUUCCUGCUGCAUAUACAGGGACCGUCGGCUUCAAGCCUUCAUACGGGCGAAUUUCUCGCUGGGGUGUUGUGGCAUAUGCAAAUUCCUUAGACACUGUUGGUAUCAUCAGCCGAAAGACAUCGGUUGCUCGUGACGUGUUUGACGUUCUCAACGAUCACGAUUCCAGAGACCCUACCAAUCUAUCACCCAAUUCUCGCUCACGAAUAUCCGAUCUACUAUCACAACCUCAGUUCUCCAGCCGUCUAGCUUCUCGGCCUCUGCGCAUCGGCGUGCCUCUCGAAUACAACAUUGCGGAAUUAACCCCGUCACUCCGCAGAGCUUGGCUUUCGGCGCUGACAUCUCUUGAGAGACAGGGCCACUCCUUACAUCCAGUUUCAUUGCCAUCAACAAAACACGCAUUGUCCGCAUACUAUAUUCUCGCACCGGCGGAGGCAUCGUCCAACCUUGCAAAAUACGACGGCAUCAGAUACGGAACCCGCGCUAGCGGCCCAGACAGCGAAGAAGGGGUGACAAAUGGACAUCUAUACGCAAGGACUCGCGGGACAGGGUUUGGCGCAGAAGUGCAGAGACGCAUUCUACUCGGUUCCUUCAGUUUAAGUGCUGACUCGAUGGAUAAUUAUUUCAUCCAAGCGCAACGGAUUCGUCGACUUGUGCAGCGAGACUUUGAUAGUGUCUUUGCCAUGCGCAAUCCUCUAGGCACUGGUGCUGGUGCUGGUGCUGAUGCUGCUGUUUUGGCAGAUUAUGAAAAUGACAAAGUAGACGUUAUCAUUGGACCAACGUCGUCGUCUCCGCCGCCCAGCCUUGCGUCUGUUCUGAAUGACGCCGAGGGUACAUUUGCAUCCUUGGAUUCAUACGUCACAGAUGCUCUCACUGUGCCAGCCAGUUUGGCUGGGUUGCCAGCAAUUUCUGUCCCUGUGCCAAUACUUGAGGACGCUGGCUCCGGGCUGAACAAGGUUGGAAUCCAGAUCAUUGGGCAAUAUGGCGAUGACAAUCUCGUCCUGAGGGUUGGUGAAGUGUUGGAGCAAGCAGAGUUUACUGAUUAG